UGAAGUAAUUAAAAACACACCAUAGCAUUUUAGUAAAUAUACGUUAUUAUUAAAACGAUAGUAAACUACUUAGUUAAGUAGUUAGCAUUCUAAUUUAAUUACGUGAAUUAGGUCUAUAUUGUACUGAUUGUGUAGUGUAUACCUUAUUAUAUUCGAAUUAUUUUCGAUUUCAAACGCAGUAUUAAGUAAUUAUGUUGGAACAUCUGUUGGAGUAAUUAAAAUUGUGUCUGUGAUUAUAAUUAGAUAAAAAGGAAUAAAAAGCUUUCUCAGCAAAUUGUAAACUAUUUUAACUGAGUAAUUAACUCAAAGAGGUCGACAUUAUACAAUGAUAAAACAUAAUAUAGAAACAACAUUGUUUGCGCAAGCGAUGCAAAGGGUGCAACUUCAUUUUAAAAUUUUAGACUUGCAACUAGAUGAACGCAAUAGUAAAAAAAGUACUUGGGAAAAUGUUCGAUUCAGAUGGCUCUUCUGGUUUAAUAUGGCUUUGUUAAACUUUGCGACAGUAGGAGAAGCUGCUUGGCUCGUAGAAGGCGCAUCGACGGGAAAAAGUUUCAUUGAACUAUGCUAUCUGGGGCCCUGCCUAACUUUGUGCAUUGCUUGCAAUUUUCUAUGCACAUAUUUGGUCAAGCAUAGUCGCCGAAUUCUGGAACUCAUAGCGUCCAUACGUACUCUCCAAUCGAUGUCUCCGGAAUUAGAAGAAACAGAUGUGAAGUUCUUGAAGGGUCAAGUUAAAAUUUUCUACAUAGCUGUUUAUACUUUAACUGUCAUACAAUGUGUUGGGAUCACGUCGUUCGGGUUAAUCCCGUUUGUCACAAUGGGCUUAUCAUAUUAUCAUUCUGGGGAAGUGGAAUUGGUGUUACCAUUUUUCGUUUUAUAUCCUUUUGAUACAACUGAUAUUCGCUUCUGGCCUGUUAUUUAUAUUCAACAGAUGUGGGCAGCUUUAAUGGCGUGUUUAAUACUGUUGGCUCCAAGCUACCUUUUAUACGCUUGCUCUACAUUCAUAAUUUUUCAAUUUCAUUUACUUAAAAAGGAUUUGAUAAAUAUAAUACCUUACGAAGACAAAUUAGACAAGUAUUUUUUAAACGAGGAUCUGAAGACAGAGUUCCAGAUGAUAAUUAACCGCCAUAGGAAACUGAUAGUGUGUGUAGAUUUAUUAAAAGAAGUGUAUUCUGAAUCAAAUCUGCUCAACGUCGUAAUUAGUUCAAUACUCAUUUGUUUUACCGGUUUCAAUGUAAUGGCCAUCGAAGAUUUAGCAUUAGCUGUGCCUUUUCUGCCAUUCCUUUUGAUGGAUAUGUUACAAAUAUUUUUCAUCUGUUAUUAUGGUGAUAUGAUAAUGAAAUACAGUACAAGUAUUAGCGAUGCAAUUUACGAGUGUCAGUGGUACAGAGCAGAAGCUGCAAUUGUCAAAGAUUUACUUUUCCUAUCUCUGAGAUCUCAAAAACCGUGCAAACUUACAGCUCUGCAUUUUUCUGAUAUUAGUUUUAAAACAUUUACUAAAAUAUUAAGUACUUCUUGGUCAUAUUUUGCACUGUUGAAAUCAAUGUAUCGAAGUUAAGGAACUCGAUGAGAUAUAAGAAAUAGCUAGCAAAGUAGGUACAAAUCACUGGAAUAUGUAUUCUGCUAAAGUUCGUUCACAUUUAGUCUGUCUUGCUUUGUCUCUCAUAUUUUUAUUGCAAAUUAUUUUUAUUUGGAAGUAAACAUAAGUAGAU